AUGAUAAAAAAUUUUCUCAAUAAGCUUCCGAGGAAGCAGGGCAAGUUAGCAGAAAGCCGCGAUGGAGGAUCCUCUAACGUCCCGCCAAAUGCAACUACCUCAAGAAACAAUGGCUCCCGAGCAGGCAAUUCAAACGGUGCAAUUUUUUCUGGGACCAAUAAUCAUGGGAGUAAACUGCACGACCCGUUUAAUACUAAGUCGUACGGGCUCAAUGGACCCAUCCCAUUUGAGGCCCUACCUUGUUUUAGAGAUGUUCCAAAUGGCGAGAAGCAAAACUUGUUCAUCAGAAAGAUGAACAUGUGUUGUAAAGUAUUCGACUUCACUGACCCCACAAAGGAUGUGAAAGAGAAAGAGAUCAAACGGCAGACCCUAGUUGAGCUCGUCGAUUAUAUUUCCUCUGCAAAUGGAAAAUUCGGCGAAAAUGUUCUUCAAGAUAUUGUCCGAAUGGUGUCUGCAAAUUUAUUCCGCACUCUCCCCACUCAAUCUACCGAAAAUAAAAUCGUGGAUGGUUUUGAUGUGGAAGAAGAAGAGCCCUUAAUGGACCCCGCGUGGCCCCACUUGCAAAUCGUGUACGAAUUUCUUCUCAAGUUCGUAACUUCUCCAGAGACGGAUGCUAAGCUCACAAAACGCUACCUCGAUCACGCUUUUGUCCUAAAAUUGUUAGAUCUCUUUGAUUCUGAAGAUCCCAGAGAGAGAGAGUACUUGAAGACUGUCCUGCACCGCAUUUACGGCAAGUUCAUGGUGCACCGCCCUUUUAUUAGGAAGACAAUAAAUAACAUAUUCUACCGUUUUAUUUUUGAAACCGAGAAGCAUAACGGGAUUGCGGAGCUUUUAGAGAUCUUGGGGAGCAUUAUAAAUGGAUUUGCUUUGCCUUUAAAGGAAGAACACAAGCUUUUCUUAGUUAGGGCUCUCAUCCCACUUCACAAACCAAAGUGCUUGCCAAUGUACCAUCAGCAGCUAACUUAUUGCAUCACGCAGUUUGUGGAGAAGGAUUGCAAGCUUGCCGAUACCGUCAUUAGGGGCUUGCUUAAGUACUGGCCAAUAACAAAUAGUUCAAAAGAGGUUAUGUUUUUGGGUGAGCUUGAGGAAGUGCUGGAAGCUACUCAGCUUCCUGAGUUUCAACGCUGUAUGGUCCCUUUGUUUCGACAGAUUGGUCGUUGCCUGAGCAGUUCACAUUUUCAGGUUGCAGAACGGGCUCUCUUCCUAUGGAACAAUGACCAUAUCGAGAACAUGAUCAAACAAAACCGUAAAGUUAUACUCCCGAUCAUCUUCCCUGCACUGGAAAAAAAUUCAAGAAAACACUGGAAUCAGGCAGUACAAAGCCUCACGCUCAACAUCCGCAAAAUCUUUUCCGAUAUUGACCCUGAGCUGUUUGAGGAGUGUUUGCUCAAAUUCCAAGAAGACGAGGCCCGAGAAGAAGAAACUAGGACGAAACGCAUGGCAAUAUGGAGACGUUUGGAAGAAAUAGCCUCGACGAAAGCUGCUAGUAAUGAGACAGUGAUUGCCCGUCUCAAGAUAAGCAGUAAUGGAUCACUUUCUGGGUGA